GAGAAUGGCAGGGGGUAGUGGAGCAGGUGAGAGUGUUAGGGGUGGACCAGGGGAGGGUAGUAAGCGGGGAGGAUUAUGGGGCAUGGCCAGGAGUAGUAGCGUGCGGGUGCCGGAUCUACCUUCAGAUCCGAGGAUGUACAAAGAGGCAGGAGGGACACAAAAGAAAAUAAAGGAGACGUUUAGUGGAGGGGAUGUGAGGAAGAAAGUUAGAAAAUUUUAUAGCAAAGUUUUUUAUAUAAGAUAAAAUCCCUGCGAAUGCUGCCGCAAGCACGCACUUUAAAAAUAUGAUAAGUGAAGUGCAGCGUGGGGGUGAGGGUGUGCAGCCGCCCACGGCCUUCAAGAUCAUGGGAAAGUAUUUGGAUGAUGAACAUGCAAAGAUGAAGACAUACGUCGAUUCAUAUAAGCAGUCAUGGGAGAUGUACGGUUGCACCAUCAUGUGUGAUAGUUGGACCGGUCCGACAAAAAUGUCAGUUAUAAAUUUUAUGGUCUAUUGCAGGGAACAGGCGGUGUUCCUAAAGUCUAUAGAUGCGAGUAAUAAAAUUAAAGAUGGUGACUACAUCUACAAACUAAUGCACAACGUCAUGCGAGAUGUUGGGAGGAGAAACAUUGUGCAGUUUGUUACAGACAAUGGGAGUGCAUUUGUCAAGGCGGGGAAGGAUAUUCAGGCGAAUUAUCAUAUGUAUUGGACCCCCUGCGCAGCCCAUUGCAUCGAUCUCAUGCUGGAGGCAAUCGGGGAUAGGCCGUCGGUGAAGACCGUUAUUACUAAUGCACGGCUCAUCACAAACUUCAUAUACAACCACACCUGGUUAUUAGCCGCGAUGCGCGAGAGGUAUGGUGGGGAUAUAGUGGGCCCCGGGGCGACACGAUUCGCCACAAAUUAUAUCGCCUUAAGUGGUCUCCUCAAACACAGACAGGGGUUACAGGAGCUUUUCGCCUCUCAUGAUUACGAAGAAUGGAAAAAGAGGUUGACAAAAGUAACCUGGAGAAUCGAGGAGCCGGUGCUGAGAAAUGAAUUCUGGGAUCGCAUGCGUAACAUGCUAGGUAUUCUAGAGCCCAUUUCUAUAGUAUUGAGGAUGGUGGACAAUGAGACAAAUCCAACGAUGGGGUCGCUGUAUCCGUCCAUACAGCUGAGGAAAGAGGCCAUGGUGGCUAAAGCUCCCAACGCUUAUAAGUGGGUGCAUGCAAUAAUACACGACCGCUGGGAAAAGACACUUUCUCACCCGCUACAUCAGGCUGCGUAUUUCCUGAAUCACAAAUACCAUUACAGCCGGAAACUCUAUGAAGAUAAUUCAUUAAAGAGGGUUGUACAUGAGGUGUACGAUCACUUAUACCUCGAUUGUACGAGGAAAGGCACCUUUGUUAUUGAGAUUGUUAGAUUCCGCGACGCGGUUGGAACGUUUGGGUGCCACCCUGCGGUGAUGUCAAGGAACACCAUGAUGGCAUGUGAGUUAAAUGCGAUAAACGUAAAUUUCAUAUUAUUUUGGAAAAUCUAAAAUAAUGAACCAAAU